AUGCAUCUACUACAACUAAGUUGUUCAUCAUCAACUUUCAUCUUUCAACACGAUACACCACAUAACAUGUCCACGCGAGACACCUUUUACGGGUGGUAUUUUGCCAUCCACUUUGUCAUCACCCUGAUGGUCGAUGGAGGCUUUGCCAUUCCUGCGGCGUACAAACUACCCGGGCAACAGUUCAUGGAAGACUUCCACGUGGCAUCCAACAAGGAUUUCAUUGUGCUCGAAAAACCAGCGUGGUUCAUGUCCUUCAUCUGGAUCGAGAUCCUCUUCCAGCUGCCCUUCUUUGUUUAUGGAGCCUACAAGCUGCUAACCAAGACCGCCACUCCCACGACAUACCUGUGGAUGCUGGUGUACGGUGUCAAUGCCAGCCUAACGACUCUGGCAUGUCUCGCGGAGGUGUGGGCUCGAGCCGGUCUUACCGAUGCCCUUCGAUACAACCUGCUCGCUGUCUACGCCCCCUUUUUCUUCAUUUCUGGCUACAUUGUCAUUGACGUAUUCCAGCGGUUGCAGGGAGAGCUGAGAAAGGUCAAGACUGAUUAA